CUCUCCCAGCCCGCCUGCGGCUAGGAGCCGCGCAUGCGCCGCGUGCCCCUGUGGCGUAGGACCUGGUCCGCUCUCCACUCGCUGCAGGGUGGGGUUUCUUCCUGUCCGAGUGGGUCGGCUGUGGACAUGGCUGCUCGCUGCACCGAAACGGUGCUGGCCGCUCUGGGGCUGCUAAGUGUAUGUGCGGCCAGCAGCUCCGGGGCCGGGACUUCGGGAAAGGCGGGUGGGGAGGCAGAAUGGGCGGAGCCGUGGGACGGCGCGGUUUUCCGGCCGCCAGCUGCGCUAGGCGCAGUGGGGGUGGCGCGCGGGCUAGAGUCCCAGCCGCCGGGGAGCACGGAUACGGCGGACCUACCGGUGCUGCUGUGGUGGAGCCCAGGCCUGUUUCCACACUUCCCGGGAGACUCGGAGCGCAUAGAAUGCACUCGGGGCGCGUGCGUGGCGUCCCGGGACCGGCGGGCGCGCGCCGACCCGCGGACGCGCGCACUGCUCUUCUAUGGCACGGACUUCCGUGCAGCCGACGCCCCCCUGCCGCGCCUGGCGCACCAGAGCUGGGCGCUCCUGCACGAGGAAUCGCCGCUCAACAACUUCCUGCUAAGCCACGGCCCCGGCAUCCGCCUCUUCAACCUCACAGCCACCUUCAGCCGCCACUCGGACUACCCCCUGCCGCUGCAGUGGCUGCCCGGGGCCGCCUAUUUGCGCCGGCCUGCGCCUCCGCUCCGGGAACGCGCCGAGUGGCGUCGUCGCGGGUACGCGCCGUUGCUCUACUUGCAGUCCCACUGCGAUGUGCCCGCGGACCGGGACCGCUACGUACGCGAGCUCAUGCGCUACAUCCCGGUGGAUUCCUAUGGCAAGUGCCUUCAGAACCGCGAGCUGCCCACCAUGCGGUUACAGGACACAGCCACGGCCACCACCGAGGAUCCAGAACUCUUGACCUUUCUGUCGCGCUAUAAGUUCCACUUGGCCCUGGAAAAUGCCAUCUGCAAUGAUUACAUGACAGAAAAACUGUGGCGCCCCAUGCAUCUGGGUGCUGUGCCUGUGUAUCGUGGCUCACCCUCUGUGAGGGACUGGAUGCCCAAUAACCACUCCAUCAUCCUAAUUGAUGACUUUGAGUCCCCUCAAAAGCUGGCAGAGUUUAUUGACUUUCUGGACAAGAAUGAUGAAGAAUAUAUGAAAUACCUGGCGUACAAGCAACCAGGGGGCAUCACCAACCAGUUUCUUCUGGAUAGCCUGGAGCACAGGGAGUGGGGAGUGAAUGACCCCAUGCUGCCUAACUACCUCAAUGGCUUUGAGUGUUUCGUCUGUGACCAUGAACUGGCUCGGCUGGAAGCCGAGAAAGCACAUGCGUCCUCUCCUGGGGACAUUCCUGUCCCCGAGCCUCGUAUUGCCCAGCCCUCACACAUGAACUGCCCAAUGCCUACCCCUGGCUUUGGCAAAGUGGAAGAGAUCCCUGAGAAUGACAGCUGGAAGGAAAUGUGGCUACAAGAUUAUUGGCAAGGUCUCUAUCAGGGGGAAGCACUCACUGCCAUGAUCCACAACAAUGAAACACAGCAGAGCAAGUUUUGGGAUUAUGUACAUCAGAUCUUCAUGAGAAGGAAUAAAAAUCUCUAACUGCC